GGCUUCAGCACGGAGGGUUCGUAGCAGAAGCUGCUGGUGGUUUGUUGGUCCGUGUUAACAGUAACGUCUCCGUGUCUCAUUCAUAUUUAUUGCAGUCUAUGGUCUCAUACAAGGACGCAGUGUUUUCUGAAACUUAAAGCAGGAGGAACGUUUAGACGACUCGUGUUUGUCUCCACUUUGCUGCUGCAGAAGAAGAAGACCAGCAGAGUGACAGAAAGCUGCAGCAGCACCACUUGCUGUUCGUCUCUGCUGCAACAUCUCAACAGGAACAGUAAAGCCAUGGGAGGCUCACCUUCAACCCCAUCACCCCCUCCACCUUUAAGUGAUCCCUGGAGAAAAAUAUCUUGGGGAGACAAAGAGAGAGAUCUGCAGUAUGUGAGGAAUUAUCAACCUGAAAACACCAACGUCAAACAUCUCAGGAUCUUGCUCUACGGGCCAGUCACUUUUGGAAAGUCCAGCUUCAUCAAUUCUGUCGUCAGCGCCGUGAGAGGCAGGCUGAGCAUUCCAGCUGAAGCCAAUGCAACCAACAGUAAAAUAAGUCACUCCAAGAAAUAUGAGACUCACAGAAUCGAGAAAGGAAGCAGAGGAAACUUCUACCCUUUUGUAUUCAAUGACAUCAUGGGUCUGGAGGAAGGGACUGGAUGUGGAGUCAGAGUGGAAGACAUCAAACUGGCCUUGAAGGGACACGUGCAGGAGGGAUACAAGUUCAAUCCUGCAUCUCCAUUGUCAGACGGUGAUCCUGGAUACAUCUCCUCACCGUCUGCAGAUGACAAAGUUCAUGUUCUGGUUUGUGUCUGUGAUGCUAAUGCAUCAGAGAUUAAGGAGCCUGUUAUGCAGAAGAUGAGGGAAAUCAGAGAAGCAGCCAGUGGCUUGGGGAUUCCUCAAGUGGCGAUUGUCACCAAAGUUGAUCAAGCCUGUGGUGAAACUGAAAAGGAUCUAAAGAAUGUCUACAAGAGCAAAUACCUGAAGAAAAAGAUCACAGACUUCAGCGCUAGGCUGGGUAUUCCACUCAACUGCAUCUUUGCUGUGAAGAACUACAGCUCAGAAAUCUACCUGGAUGAGGAUGUUGACACACUGAUCCUGAACGCACUGAGACUGAUGAUUGACUUUGGAGAUGACUUCAUUAACAAAAUGUAAACCUACUUUCUGCUGAGAUACAUGGUCAUCAUACCAUUAUCAUUUAUUAUCAUUAAUGAUGAUCAGCUUAAUACCAGUAUGAUGGAGAAUGGUUUAGUAUUAUUGUGUUAAUACACAUUCAUGUUGAGAUCAUCAAUAAGGAGGUAUUAGUCUGUGUUGAUUUGCUUUUUAUUAUCCUAAUGUGUAGUUGAUUUGUUUGCCUUUCCUUCCCUUUCAUAAAGUCGCUCCACUCAAAAA